AUGGAGAGCCCCCACGGAGAGGACGACGACCUCUCGCCGUCGCCGGAGGCGGUGAGGAUGCUGCGCGAGAUGGCACUGCGGGAGGGAGAGGAGCCCGAUCUGCCGGACGAGCAGCUGCGCUCCAACGACCAGCUCCAGCAAGACGAGAUGUUAGCACUGGAGGCAAUUUAUGGAGACAAGAUACACAUUUUUGAUGAAAAGGCUGGACUCCGGUCUUUCCAGAUCCAGGUGCAUUGUGAAAUUCCAGAUGGUAUCAGUGUAUGCGCAGAAUCAUCCCAGGGUGUUGAUGAUGAUGACCCAAGCAGCAAGUUCCUUGACAACUUCAGUGUCGAGCACUUGGCUCCACUGUCAUUAACAUGCCUCAUGCCUCCAUCCUACCCAAGCCAUCACCCACCGUACUUUACUCUUGGUGUACAAUGGUUGGAUAAUGUUAAGGUUUCUGCCCUUUGUCACAUGCUUGACUCGAUCUGGGCACAACAACCUGGACAGGAAGUUAUUUAUGAGUGGGUGCAAUGGCUGCAGAGCUCUAUGCUUUCUCAUCUUGGUUUUGAUGACAGAAUAGUCAUACGACAGCUUGAUGAUAGUAUGGUGGGUCAUGUGGAUGUACGGGUUAUUGAAGAGAUUCUCUCUGUAGAGGAUAUCGUUCAACAUUUGAUCAGCUACAAUGAGGAGCAGUGUCACGAAUCCUUUAUUCGUGGCCUUCAUGCCUGCAUGAUUUGCUUCAGUGAGUACACAGGUGUUGAUUUUGUAAAACUUCCAUGCCAGCAUUACUUUUGCCAGAGGUGCAUGGAGACGUACUCAAGGAUGCAUGUCAAUGAAGGAACAGUACUACAAUUGGUGUGCCCUAGUGACAAGUGUGGAUGCAUUAUUCCACCUAAUCUACUGAAGAGGUUGCUAGGAGUUGCAGAUUUUGAACGGUGUGAAAGGUUGAUGCUUCAGAAGGCUCUAGAUUCAAUGGCCGAUUUAGUAUACUGUCCAAGAUGUGGAACAGCUUGCCUGGAAGAUGAGAAAAAAGCCCAGUGCUCUAAUUGCCUCUUCUACUUCUGCACCCAUUGCAGAGAUCCUUGCCACAUAGGGAGGGACUGCAUUAUUCUUACUCCAGAAGAAAAACUUCUCACCUUACAGGAACGUGAAAAGGUGCAUCGCUUGAGUAAAGGAGAAGUUAGUAUGAUAACUACCUUGGCGAAUGAAAUAUUUAGUAUCAGGGAAGUGCUUAGUUCCUCUGUUCCAUGUCCGCGUUGUGGUAUCGACAUUUCUCGUGUGUCUGGCUGCGACCACAUGCAUUGCAAGAACUGCGGUAAACAUUUUGACUAUUCCCUUGCUAAAAGAAAUAAUGUAACGGCUCUGGAUUUCAUUGAGGGGGCACAGAAAGAACCAAGUGUGGGACUGUCUGUCAGCGUCAGACAAUACCCUUGCCCGCAAUGCCGCAAGCCACAUCACAAGAUUGGAAACAACAACCACCUUGUCUGCGCGGCAUGUCAGACUCGUUACUGUGCUCUGUGUCGGAAGGUGGUGCGGAAGAGCUCAGAGCACUAUGGCCCCAGAGGGUGCAAACAGCACACUCUAGACCCCGAGGUUGCUGAAGCUGGAACAGAUAACAAGGAUGACUCUGGAUCAGAACUUUCUGAAAUGAUUUAAAGUUGGAGCAUCAGUUUCAACUACAAUCGGCUUGGAGCAUCAGUUUCGACUACAAUCAGCAUCGGUCAUGAAAAUAUACAGUUUGGAAUAGCAAUAGUUACACCUACAACCUUUUUGUAUGGGACAUGUUGAAGAUCAGUAGACCUCUGAAUUUUUCGUGACAUUAGUUUUUUCUGGUUGGGAGCAAUUAUUAUAUCGUAGCAAAGCUUGCUAGGCUCAGUACAACAUAAAUUUCAAAGAAUUAAGCUUG